CCGUCUCCAGGCACACCAACAAACAAUGAAUCUCCUGUCCCUCCUCCUCUUCGUGGGGAUCGCCACAGCCUACGGCCCAACCGGCCACCACCUAACAGCCUCCCUCGCCUCCCACUUCCUCACCCCCACAACCCAGGCCUACCUCCUCGCCCUCGCCCGCCACGCCCAUACACCCGGCUACCCACCCGACACCGUACAAUCCUUCUUGGUUAGGGUUGCGCCAUGGGCUGAUUAUAUCAAGAGAACGAGGGGAUGGGCGUGGAGUGGGAGGUUGCAUUAUGUUAAUGUUGGGACGGGCGUGGAAGGGGGGGAUUGGCCGCCGCAGCGAUGCGAGUUCGCGUACGAGCUCCCAAAGAACCCCGGUGAUGGUGAGGAUUUGAUAGGUGGUAUUUACAACAUGACCACCCAUCUUUCCGAAGGCGCGGAACUUUGGCGUCUCGAUAACGCCACGGGUGCUGGUUUGGAUGACGUCCCUCUCCGCUUUCUCGUACAUUUCUUGGGUGACCUCCAUAACCCACUCCACCUCACCGGCCGCGCACGAGGCGGAAACGACGUUUGGGUCAAAUUCGAGGGACAUAGGAUGCGACUUCAUGGGGUAUGGGAUGGGGGUGUCCUUAACAAACGGAUUCGCGAACUGGAGUGGGCGAGGGCGGAGGAGGAAGAUGUUGGUGGGGUGGUGGAAGUGGAUGAAGGACGCGGGUAUGUGUGGGAACGCUAUGAACGGUAUCUACUCCACCUCAUCGGCACGAAAUUCAAGGAUGAGAUCGAUGAGUGGCUUGAAUGUCCUUCCCCCGAGCUUGAGCGAGGGGCCACGGGCAGUCCUAUCGGACCACAGAGGGUUUUGGGUAUGGGCGAUGCCGGGGAUAAGGGUGUGACGGCGUGUCCGGAGUACUGGGCAAAAGCGAUUUCGAAACUAAACUGCGACGUGGUUUGGAAUCAUCCCUCUCUGAACACCACUCUCUCUCCCUUCUCCUCCGAGGCCGACCCUCCCAAGGUCGGGCUCGACGAUGACGAUUUGAGUGAUGGGGAGUAUUGGGAUCGUAUCGACACCGAAAUGAUCCCCGAACGACUCAUCAUCAUGGGCGGGGUGAGGUUAGCGGCUGUGUUGAAUGCGGCUGUUCAGGGUGGUGUUGGGGAACGCGCUGUCGGUGGACUGUGAGUGGGGUAGAGUGGAGGAUGGAGACUGGGAUAGG